CUAUCCCUCCCUUCUUAACAUUAAACCUCUCAAGACCCUCGAUCCUUAGUUCCUUGCUACUUUCUUCGAAUUAUAUAUCGGCGAAGAACAUUGAACCAAUUAUAUCCGCGUACAUACCUCGAGAUGGAUGAAAUUGAUAUUACAGCCGGAAUCUCAUCUCCCUCCAAAUCGAUGUCGUACAUGUACAGAGAGACGGACUUUUACCUCGAUUCUUCAAAUGCUUCAACAAUUUCAAGCCCAAUAGAUUCACCGUACGACUUAUCUUUUCCAGGGGUUUAUCCCAGUCCCGAGCAUACGGAUGGUUUAGGGGAAACGACCCAGCCAGAAUCACAACCAUCCGUUUCGAAGCCUGUGACAAAAAGGAAGCGCGAAAACAGAUACAAGAACGCACCGCCUUCUGUCUUAUCUCGCCGAAGAGCUCAGAAUCGCGCUUCCCAGAGAGCCUAUCGAGAGCGGAAAGACCAACGCAUCAAGGACCUUGAAGUUUUGCUCAACGAGGCUCAGAAGAAGAACGAUAUCCUGAGCCAGGCCUACUCUAGUUUACAAGCAGAAUACAUCAAGUUAAAGCGCGAACAAGAAACGACGCAUCGGUACCAGCAGCCCGAUCUGGCAUAUGACCCAACCAUUGGCUCGGCACUUGGUGACAUAGAUCUAUUUAUCUACGGUGGUCCAUCAAGCUACACUAUGUAGGCCAAUAAGGUACUCGGAUUUGGCUAAAUACGCCCUUGAAUCUCGGAGGCUGCGGUUACAAACUACGAGCGGCGUACGUACCUACCUGACCGCUCUCCUCUUGGCAUUCGUAAGUCAACUAAUGCAAGAGGCAGCCUAUCACCAU